ACAUAUUUAGAGAAGAAACACCCACCUUCAUAGGAUGAGAAUCAUGUUCCUGUACACAGUGAUGAAUAUGAUCACAUCAAAUUCACACCAUUGUCACUCAUCGCAUACAUGAUACAUUCAACCUCAUCACUCUUCCGUUCCCAUCUUCUGCACCUUCGAUUUCAAACAAACCAAAUCUUUAAUUCCAGAAAACUUUGAAAUUCACCCCAAAACAAGCUCGGAAAGCAAGACAUUUUGAAUUUGCAAACAGGGCUGUCGUGCUGAAUGCUGCUUCCAAGUUCCAACAACUGGAUUAGAGAUGAAUUCUGCGAUGAAUGAUAUGAAUUUGAUUCAGCAAUCCCAGAGGCAUCACUUGGUUAUGAAGGAGAUUGGUGACGAGAUUGAUUUAGAAAUUGGACCUGGGGAAGAAGAUCCUUCAUUUGGUAAUGCUACUCUAAUCAGUGUGCCGAUGCAAGAAUCUUCCACAGAAGAUCAUGGGGAAAACAAGCAGAUGGUAGUGGCUCCUCAUCUUCUUAAUGAUACUCAAGAUAUGUCUGCAACCCAGCCAGGGAAAAGAAAGAAAAAGGUUGUUAAAAGAUGGAGAGAGGAAUGGGCAGACACCUAUAAAUGGGCUUUCUUGGAUGUGAGAGAUGGGACACCAAGGAUUUUCUGCUCUGUCUGCAAAGAGUAUGGCCGGAGGCAUAGAAGAAACCCUUAUGGGAAUGAGGGGAGUCGUAACAUGCAGAUGAGUGCCUUGGAAGAGCACAAUAAUAGUCUGCUUCACAAAGAGGCCGUCCGUCUUCAAACGGCCUCUAAAGAUAAAAUUAUGGUCGAGAAGCCCAUCUAUGUAAAAGAUGUUAUGUCAAAAACAGCGGGAUCAAUUCUUGAAGCUACACUAAAAAGGGAUCCUCAUGAGGUUGAGUUCAUUCAGGCAAUCCAGCAGGCAGUUCAAUCUCUUGAAAGAGUCAUAGCGAAAAAUUCUCAUUAUAUUAACAUCAUGGAGCGCUUGUUGGAACCUGAACGAAUGAUUGUUUUUCGAGUUCCAUGGGUGGAUGAUAGGGGUGAGACACAUGUUAAUCGGGGGUUUCGGGUACAAUUUAACCAGUCAACGGGUCCAUGUAGAGGUGGCAUUCGUUUUCAUCCGUCAAUGAAUUUAAGUAUUGCCAAAUUUCUUGGUUUUGAGCAGACUUUAAAGAAUGCCCUAUCACCUUACAAAUUAGGAGGAGCAGCUGGUGGAAGUGAUUUUGAUCCAAAAGGAAAAAGUGAUAAUGAGAUUAUGCGAUUUUGCCAGAGUUUCAUGAGUGAAAUAUAUAGAUACCUGGGUCCUGACAAGGACCGUCUAUCAGAGGAAAUGGGUGUUGGUACUCGAGAAAUGGGGUAUCUUUUGGGACAAUAUAGACGUGUAGCUGGUCUUGUUCAGGGAGGUUUUACAGGGCAAAGAACAUUGUGGUCUGGCUCCAGUCUUCGACCUGAAGCUACUGGCUAUGGGCUGGUUUUCUUUGCCCAACUCAUGCUUGCUGACAUGAAUAAAGAACUCAAAGGAUUAAGAUGUGUAGUGAGUGGUUCUGGAAAGAUCGCAAUAUAUGUUCUAGAGAAGCUGAUUGCCUAUGGUGCUGUUCCCAUUUCAGUAUCAGAUUCUAGGGGAUAUUUGGUUGAUGAGGAUGGAUUUGAUUACUUGAAAGUAUCAUUGUUGAGAGACAUCAAAGCUCAACAGAGAAGUCUGCGAGACUAUUCAAAGACCUAUGCUCGGUCCAAGUAUUAUGAUGAAGCAAAACCCUGGAGUGAAAGGUGUGAUCUUGCAUUUGCUUGUGCUUCACAGAAUGAAAUCGAUCAAUCUGAUGCCAUUAAUUUGGUUAAUUCAGGUUGUUGUAUACUAGUAGAAGGUUCAAACAUGCCUUGUACCCCUGAUGCAGUUCAAGUUCUGCGGAAGGCUAAUGUUCUCAUUGCUCCUGCAAUGGCUGCUGGUGCUGGAGGGGUUGUGGCUGGAGAGCUUGAAUUGAACCAUGACUGCAGUUUGAUGCACUGGUCACCAGAGGACUUUGAAUCUAAAUUGCAGGUAGCAAUGAAACAGACUUAUGACAGAGCUAUAAAAGCUUCAACCGAUUUUGGUUAUCCUAAAGAAAGCCCUGAGGCUCUGGCACAUGGAGCAGUCAUCUCUGCCUUUCUAACUAUUGCUCAAGCCAUGACUGAUCAAGGUUGUGUAUAGAUAUUGAUGUUGCAAAAUUUUGAAGACAUCAUAAUAUGCUGAUUUUUAUCACUAAGGUGGGAAAUCUACAAGCGCUUAAUAGAUGCAAGCUGGGGACUAAUUAAUGCUAUACUGCAGGGUCGAUGAUAGGAUGUCACUGUUGAGGAAACACAUUUCUUUGUAAAAUCUGUAAUAUAAAUAUUGACUUAGAAAAGGAAAGUUUUAGAGAGCAAAUUUUAGUUAUUUAACAGAAGAAUGUAUGUGGAUUAUUGCCAAGAAAAAGGGGCAAUUGUCCUUGGCCUAUUUAUCCCAGCUUGAUGCCAGUUCCAAACUUGAGAAUGAUUUGGAUGUUGAGAUUAGAAAUUAAAAUGUUAGCAUUGGGUAUGCUCAUUGUUCAAAUCCCUUCUGGAGUUCCGAUAUAUAAUGGCUAUAUAUCACUUUAUGUUUUUUCUA